GAAAAACAAAGGUCACGUGAUUCAUCUAAAUGACAUCUUAUCAUGGCGUCUUCCAGUGAAUCUGGAUUUCAAACUCGGAAAUUAAGCUGUGUACCGGGGUCAGCUUUGGAUGAUUCCGUGGAUGAUGCUGAGGGUCUUUACGUAGCUGUGGAAAGAUGCCCCUUGUGUAACACAACCAAGAGGAGACUGACAUGCGCUAAAUGUGUCCAAGCAGGGGAUUUUAUUUAUUUCGACAACAGAAAUGCUGAGAGGUAUGCAGACAAAAAAGAACGGUUAAGUCAACUUAAAUUUGAAGAGGAGACAUAUCGAAAAGAAGUUAUGAAAGCUAUGGAAGAAAAGUGGAAGGCUGAUCAGUUGAAAUGGAAGAUUAUGUCUUGUAAGAUGAGAAUUGAGCAGCUAAAAGAAGCAAUAUGCCAUGGGAAUGAAGAAAAGAAACGAGAUUCCAACUCCCUCCUUAAGCAUCAAGAGGAAAAUCAGAAACUUUAUCGCAGAGUCUCACGUCUCCAGGAAAAAAAAGAAAAGUUUCAGAAGCACAACCAUAAGCUGAGAGAACUAGUUGAGAAAAAAUGUCUUGACUUAAGAAACUGUGAAGAGCACCUUGCCAGCAUCCGUCGAAGUCACAUAUUAGAGCUGACAAAAGUAAUUUUCCCUGCUGAUGAAGUCAAGACUGGUAUGAGGGAUCCUGCUGAUGUUGCUUGUGAACUUGAUAGUGCUAUGACUUCUAGUACUGUGAGUAAGCUUGCUGAGGCCAGGAGAACUACUUAUCUUUCGGGAAGAUGGGUGUGUGAUGACCAUAAUGGUGAGACAAGCAUGAGCAUUACAGGCCCAUGGAUUACUCUUCCAAGCAAUGGUGAUUAUUCUGCCUACUAUAGCUGGAUGGAGGAGAAAAAGUCAAUGCAGGGACCAGAUAUGGAGCACAGUAACCCCGCACACACCAUCAGUGCUGCAUUAUGCUACGCAACUCAACUUGUCAACACGUUGUCAUACAUACUUGAUGUUAACCUUCCUAAAAGACUCUGCAACAGUGAAUUUUGUAAAGAAAACCUUAGCCGCAGAAAAUUUAUCCGGGCAGUAAAUAAGAUAAAUGCAAAUAUUAUUCAUCUCUGCUUUUCUCAGCAUGUAAAUCCAGAAUUGCUUCAUCCUUUGCAUACACUUAAGAACCUUAUGCACCUGGUCAGUCCUAAUAAUGCAGAUCUGGGCAGGUCUGGUCCAUUUGAAGUAUGCGCUGAUCUUGAAGAUUCCAUGGAAUUUGUGGACUCCAGUGCUGCAGGACAAACAGAUGAGAGUGGAGAUGAGUACGUCAGUGAUGAAGAGACAGAUUUAGGGACAGACUGGGAAACUGUGCCCAGCCCAAGAUUUUGUGACAUGCCCUCGCAUCCAGUGGAAGUGCUGCAGAGUCAGGCAAUGCAGAUCUCCCAACCUAUUGCCAGUAGCACUGCAGGUGGCAUGAUUUCUUCUGCCGCAGCAUCAGUAACUUCCUGGUUUAAGGCAUACACUGGACAGCAAUGAUGAACUCCUAGGCCAGAAUGUACUACUUUAACUAAAAAUGCAGUACACUUUGAACAUUAAGUUAAUAGUGCCUGAAGAAGCAGAUUAGACAUAUUUUGUUUUCAUUAAGAAUACCAUUUUUGUUUAGCCAAGAUUCAAAAAUACUUAGCAAAUGAGACAAAACAAGAAUGCAGAAUAUGAAGUACUCAGCUUUGAAAAGUAACAGCGUCACAUUAAAAUGGAAUACAGAAAUAUUUUUCCUGACACUGGUUUUUACUUUAGAGUUACAGUAAGGAAAGGAGUCUGAGAUUGCGGUACUAGGACCCUCAAAAAUUCACAGUUUUCCAGGUGAGUUUUUGCAUAGGCAUACUGUUAAACCAAGCAUUACUAGUGUGGGGUUGUAUGAUUUACUCAGCACAACAGCAGAUGCACAAGUUAUGGAUCAUUUCUGUAGGAAUUCAUCUUAUGAAUGGAUAAUAGCCAAAAGUAACAUUGAUCAAUCACCUUGGUCUGUUACUGUAGACAGGAUUGUGGGCAAGGUGUAGUACCAUAGCUGCUAAUGGAAGCUUGUGCCCUACUGUUAUUUUUUUCCAUCUUACAUAUUAUUUGCUGCAUUGUUGUUAUACUAGUUCAUUGGCCGAUUCCUGGGCAUUGUGGCAUUGCUAGGUUCACACUUUCCUUUGACUUUACAGAAAUAUUUAAUUUCUAUGAUUUUUGUACUGUUUCUAAGAUGUGUCAAGAGUAAAUUAUACUAAAUAUC